GACCUUGAUCGGAUAAAUAUCCUCCAGCUCUGAACCUCAGUCACACAUUGAGGGAGCUUCAGCAGAGUGAAUCAUGGCUGCGUUCUCACACACACUGUUCUCGUUGCUGUUCCUGUUCACACUGGCUUCAGCGCAAAUAAGAGGAGAUUAUACCGAGCACUGUGUUCCUAAUGAUGCCUUCGGAACUUACUGUCCCACCACAUGUGGAGUAGAAAAUUAUCUCCACAACUACAAGUCAGGCGUGAUAAAGGAUCUGAACUACAUAGAUGAUCUCCUGUGGGAGAUCUCUAACCUCACCCAGGGAGCUCAGGAUAAAGUGGUUUAUCUGAAGGACUCACAGACGCAGGCACAGAAAUCCUCACCGGAUUUGUACAUCCAAAAGUCUUCGAACAUGCUGGACGAUGUUCUGCGCUUUGAGAAAACCAUUCUAUCUCAGGAGGAACAGAUUUAUGAACUGCAAGCGACGCUGGCAGCCAAUGAGAAACGUCUGACGGAGUUAAAGCAGUUAUCUCUACAGCUGGAGCAAAAAUGUAAAUUACCCUGUAAAGACAAAGUAACCAUACAGACCAUCACUGGGAAAGAUUGUCAGGACAUCGCUAAUAAAGGUGGAAAAGUUAGUGGUCUGUAUUACGUCCAGCCUGCGAAAGCUCCUACUUCGUUCCUCGUGUACUGUGAGAUUGACAGCUCAGGCCGAGGCUGGACUGUCCUUCAGAGGAGGCGUGAUGGCAGUGUUAACUUUAACAGAAACUGGGUCCCGUAUAAAGAAGGCUUUGGUUAUCUGUCUCCGGAUGACAGCACAGAGUUCUGGUUAGGAAACGAGAAGAUCCACUUGCUCUCUGUUCAGUCCAGUGUUCCAUACGUGCUCCGGAUAGAGAUGGUGGACUGGGAAGGAGUCAAAAAAUACGCAGACUAUGCCAUGUUCAGGGUGAGUCCGGAGAUCGAUCAGUACCGUCUGACCUACGCUUACUACUUUGGAGGAGAUGCUGGCGAUGCUUUCGAUGGGGUUGACUUUGGUGAUGAUGUGAGUGAUAAACCCCACACAUCUCAUAACGGCCUGCAGUUCAGCACUCCAGACAAAGACAACGACAGAUACAAUGGGAACUGCGCUAAGCAGGACGGCUCCGGAUGGUGGAUGAACCAGUGUCAUGCUGCUCAUCUAAACGGAAAAUAUUACAGAGGAGGUAAAUACAGCCAGAAGGACGUGGGAGAGCACGGGUUCGAUAACGGCAUCAUCUGGGCCACAUGGCACGAUCGCUGGUACUCUCUGAAGCAGACCACCAUGAAGAUCAUUCCCAUCAACAGAAUCCAUGCUGGAGGUCAGCAGGGCAUGGAGUUCGGCAAAGGAGACUUCCCUACCCGCUAAACACGACAACAAUGAAACACAACCGGCUUUUCACACACCUCAUUUAUCUGCAGUCUGAAUAAAACGCAUUUCAUCUUCAUCUCACCCGAGUACCAUCACUUCAUCAUCAUUACUUCUGUAUCACUUAAUCACUUCUUCAUAAUUACAUAAUCACUUUAUAAUCACUUCAUCGUCCAUUAAUCAUCACUUCAUCAUCACUUCACUUUAUCACCUUAUCACUUCUUUAAUUCUUUAUUUCACCACUUUAUCCACAUGUUGCGUGUACGAGGUCACAUGACCUUCAGCGGGUUAAACAUUCUCUCUGUCAAUAGACUUUGUGUGUUUGUUUAUUGAUUUUGGUGAUUUUCUGCUCCGUCACUGAGCUGCAAAUCUGCUGUUGCUGCUGCUUCUGAAGCUGCUGCUGCUGCUGAUGAUGAUGAAGAUGAGUAAUUCUUCUCAAUCCACUGAGCUUGUGUUUUUAUUAAUAAAGUCAUUCAGAAGCA